UUUUUCAAAGAAGCCACAGUAAAUGGAGGUAUAGUGUCCUGUGCUUCAAUGAUGUGACCAGUCACUCAUCACUUAAAGGUUUUAUUUACUCUGGCUCAACAGCUGGUUGGACCGUCUACGAGCUGACCAAUAGGAUCAGUCGCUGUUAUCGCCAGAGGAGAAAAAAAUCCUUACAGUCGCCAUGAUACAGCAGCGGAAACGGGCGAGAAGUAGCUAGAAAACAAAAGGAAACACGCAGUCGUCCUCGCGAUCUGGUAUGCUCUUGCAGGUAAAAAUUCAAUCUUUCCUCUACACCUGAAAUGUUUGUACUCAUUUUGCCGCGGUCGAUUUCAGAUGUUAAAGCUGCUUUGUCGUUUUUUCCGACGGAAGGCUUUUUAAAAUAGGAAGUCGGUUAGCUUCGAAUUAUUGGGAUCUGUUAGCUUCUGGCUAACAAGCGAACCCAAGCUAAGCUAAAUAGCUCAGAGUCGCUUGCUAACCGAGCAUUAUGUCGCUUUGUGGGCUCGUUUGCUCGUUGUUUGCCUCGAGUGAUAGUCUUUUUCUGGCCACGAAAGGCUAGCUAGCUGUAGCUUAGUAAAGCGCUGUUUCGAGGCCCAGUGGUAAUGCGCAAGUCAGUGCUUUCCUAUUAUGUAAACAACAAUUACACCGUUUAUUUAUAAAUCACCCUGCACCAUUAGUUCUUUCGCUUCUGAACCAUCUUACGACGCUCUCGUGGACAGCUUCUUACUCAGUGUCACUAACUGAACACCUAUUUCUAUAUUGAUAGUUAGCAGGUGAGCUAGCGUUAGCCGUUUAGUGGUUGUUGUGUAUAGUUUGAUAGCCUCCUAUUUAGGUUAAGCUAGGCUAAUCAGCGAGCGUCCGUGAGGAGAGAAAUCGACUAUAUGAGCCACUCUUUGCUUUUUCCCUCUGUGUCCUACAACAAUUUUAACUAAUUCUGACUGUACUUGAUUGUUAACAGUCAUUUAGACAUGAUUACCAAGAACAUUUAUUGCAGUAUGUUGCCUUUUGUGCUUUUGAUCAUUAUAUAACUCACCAAAUCACUGCUUUAAUGUGAAGUUUUUAAGUGUUAAAAUGAGUAAACGUACUUUCCUCAUUAGUACGUUUCCUGUAAUAGUGUCUGAACCAAAACCUCUCUCUUCGUGGCAAGAGUUGGCGUUUUAUGUCUCUUCCAACACGUGCUCAUGCGGUGGCUUUGCAAGACUUUCCAUCCACAUUUGAUCACCUGUUAAUGUUGAGCAGAUGCACCACCUCUUAACUAGUUCACAAUGUCCCAGCUGUAGUGUCAGGUCAAAAAUAACUCAAACAUAUCACUGAUGGCUUAUCAGAGGAUUGUAUACUCGACUCAUGCUUGACAUUACAUGUAAAUAUUUCUUGUGCAGUGUUAUAGGAAUGCCCAAGGAAAAAUAUGACCCGCCAGAUCCUAGGCGGAUGUACACAAUUAUGUCCAGCGAGGAGGCAGCCAAUGGGAAGAAGUCAUACUGGGCUGAGCUGGAAAUCAGCGGUGAGUUUUAACAUAAAAAAUCCUCCUCCAUGGGUAACUUAGCUGUGUCAGAUUUUUACCUUAGACUUCCAUGUUUCAUGUUGGCACAGAGUUCGAUAAAAUCAAUCUGUCCGUCCGAUUCUGAUAUGCAAGAUUGCUGUAGUAGUUAUUUUACUCUAAUGUGCAAAGGUCAUAACUGUAUCUUGCUUGAUCAAAUAAAUGCAGGCCCACUCAGCAAGCCUCAGUCUGGUAGUGCAGUUAAACGAAUCAUUAAUUUUUGCUGAUUUCACUGUUAAAUAUGUUUGGUUUUUUUAUCACUUGAUGUCAUUUGUCCCAUCAUAAUUUCCUGUAGGUUCUUAAUACCUCUGUUUGAUCUGAGCCACAAUAGAAAACUUAUCAAAUAUAUACUUUCUCUUCUGUUAAAAUAAGACAUAAAGCUUGGAUCCACAUUUUACCUGAACAGGACCUUCAGCAUUAGUUGGUUUCCAUCAGAAAUGCUUUUUGAAGCAGUAAAGCGUCAUCAAACUUGUUGCAAGCUAAAUUUGCAUUCAUUGGCUAAUUAAUUAAUUGGUUAAUCCCUUCAGCUACAGGGCCAAACCUAGCUUCAGUUGUUUUGUCCGUUUGGUUUUGUAGGUUUAUUUGACAUCUACUUUGUCUGAAGUCUAUUGUGUGCUAGUCAUUUAGCACUUCAAACAUUAUAAAUCUAUUCACCUCUGUCAUAUGGUUUCAGUGGAUCCAAGUACUUCAACUGAAUUCCUGUGUUUAUCCUUUUUCCAACUUAACUGCAGGCCGAGUAAGGAGUCUCAGCACAGCCCUGUGGUCUCUCACCCACCUCACUGCCCUGCACCUCAGUGACAACUCUUUGUCACGUAUCCCGCCAGACAUUGCCAAACUACACAACCUGGUGUACCUGGAUCUCUCAUCCAAUAAGAUCAGGAGCCUGCCAGCAGAGCUCGGCAACAUGGUGUCUCUCAGGUGGGGCUUUAAUGCUCGACAUUCACCCCUGUCAUAGCAGCUGUCAUAGAUUUAGACACACGUACUGCAUUGGUGCCACUUGUGGUCACUUUAAUUUGUGAUAGUAUUCAAAUGAUUGACCUUAAGCUUUCAGUGUCUCACUUUUUGACAAUAUUGUCAUGGAUAUUUAAGUAAAAUCUAAAAGUUUAAAAUAUUGUUAAACAAAAGUUGUCAGGUGUUAUCAAGCAAAUACAAAAACAAGCAGGCUGAUUUCUGAUAAUCAUAUAUUCCCUUAUUCAUCCACAGGGAACUGCUUUUAAAUAACAACCAGUUGCGGGUUCUGCCAUUUGAAUUGGGGAAACUGUUUCAGUUACAAACACUGGGGUUGAAAGGUGAGUGGCUUAUCAAUGUUUUCAGCAGCCACUUCAGUCUUCAAAUCCCAUUGUUCUCUUAGCAGUUGUUCAAGGACCUGUUGCUUUUCCUUUACCAGGAAACCCACUUGCACAAGAAAUUAUGAGCCUCUACCAGGAACCUGACGGCACGCGAAGACUGCUCAACUACUUGUUAGACAAUCUGGCAGGGGCCAUCAAGCGCAGUGAGUCUCCUCUACUUUGGGCAUCAUAAGACUUGAAGAAGAAUCUGAAGAAGAAUCUCAUGUUAUUGUUUUUAAUUUUCCUGUCAACCAUACGUAGAUGGGGGCAUGGUCGACUUUCGUGUCCCCUAAUCUUGCUGAAGUCUUUGUGUGAUGUCUACGUCCAUGUCCUCCUCCACUGAACACUUUUCUCCUUCUGCCCAGUACCAACAGAACAGCCCCCAGCUCGGUCAUGGAUCUCUCUUCAGGAACCAGACCGAACGCGGGCCUCAGGUGAGGAAAGGAUUCACAAAAUAUGGACAGAGGCACAUAUUAUAUGCAAACUAAUUUACCAUACUAUAGCCACUACAUAGAUAAUUGUAGUGUAGUGUAGUGUAGUUCAUCUCCAGUAGUAUCCAUUUUGUUUUUUCGGCACAUACGUGUUGUUUAAGGGAAAAAUAAACUGGCUGUAGACAGAAAAAAAGGUAGAUGCACUCUGCGAUGAGUAUAGCAGCACAGAGAAACACAAGGACCUGAACACUGUCUAAUUUGCUCAGAAAAAAAAAACCCUCUGUGGAUUUUUUAAAGGCUGAAAGGAACCACAGUCAUACUUAAACUUCUGUCCAGGUGGUAACAGGUGACCCCACACCUACCAGUGAAAGAAUGGUCAGCUAGAGCAAAGUCUGCACAAGUAUGGCAUCAGUUGACACAACAGUUUUCCCACAAGUUGAAAGGACUAGAGAGAUUUACACCACACAGGGUGGCAGGAAAGCUCUGCUCCUUGCGGUGGCUUUAUAGAGGGAAGUAACUAUAAAACCAACAACCAACCAACAAUAAAACUCCUCUUUCCUCCACCUAGAGAGUAUUAAAAGGUCAAAUUUAUGGGUUAUAUCAAAUAAAAAUGUUUUUUGUGUCUUUUACUGAUGGUUAAUGUAGGGUGUCAGGCAUACCCAGGUACUCAGAGUUUAUAUCUUUUAGUUGCUUUAUGGAGCCGUACCUCUAAAAUUUUACCAGCAAAAUCAGGCAGGAGAAAAAAGUUUGCUGUAAACUCUGGCUGGCUCUAAUCCAAAACUUUGUGCCAGUUAUUGAAUUGAAUCAAGGACAAGUUUUGUAGAAAGUGCCCAAAAAAAGAUUCUUUGGGGAGAAAAAAUAAACAAAUUUGCUGUGUUUUUUUUAUUUGUUUGCAUUAAGGCCUGAUUUGUAUUUGUAUUUGAAUCCACAUCAAACUAAUGUCCUGUCUUACAGCUGAAACUGUUAAGAGGAUUAAUUCUUGUGUGCCUUUGCUAUCUGUCAAUUAUACCCUCAAAACCGUAGUUGGCAGUGUGGCUGGUUUGCAGCUACCCUGCUUUCCUGCCAUACUUGAGACAAUGAAGACAGACAGUGUAUGUUGGAGUUGUGGCUGCAAACAGUUAAUCAUGAGUCAAUAUUUAUUUAAACCACUACAACAAUUUAAUAUUUAAGCUUUCCAUUACACAACAGUCAAGCAUGACUAAGGCCUAACUCCAGAGGGAAGAAAAACACUAAACACUAAAGGGCAUUUCAUAGAUGUACCUUGUCUGUCUCUCCCUGCAGCACUCUUCUCUGUGAUGUGCUACAAUGUGCUGUGUGAUAAAUACGCCACACGACAGCUAUAUGGCUACUGCCCCUCUUGGGCUCUAAACUGGGAGUACAGGAAGAAAUCCAUCAUGUCGGAGAUUCUGGGCUGCAACGCAGACAUCAUCAGUUUGCAGGUGAGAGCUGGACAUCAAAGCAUGUUGUACCCAUGCAGAGUUAGUGUUUGACUUGUAUGUCUUUGCAGUUAAGAUACAAGACAUAGUGUUGGUAGCAGGAUAAAUUUGGCCACACAUGAUACAAUCAUAGCAACACUAUAAAUAUUAUUCAGUUGAAGGACCAAGCAAUAAAUGUUUCCUUCCUAGAGAGCUGUGGUCGGCACUGAGACAUAUGCCACUAACUAUUAAUCUCUUUAUUUUCUCAUUUUGUUUGAAUAGUUCUGAAUGUUUUUCAUGUUACACAAGGAGCUAAUGUUAAUACUAUUCACAUAAUUUGAAUGUGUGUUGAUGUUGGAGGUGUUUAGUGAGGGGUGUAAGCACUUUUAUCUGCAUGUGAAGUUGUUCAUCUGUUUUCAAUUAGUUAGUCAUUUCUGUUCUUUGUAAAACCAUAAUUUUGCAAAUAAACUUACAAAAGUAUUUUAAAACCAUUUUCCCCCUAAAUGUUAUUGGAUGCACUCGCGUCAUUGGAAGUUCUUAGAAGUCAACAAAGGAUCACAUGCACACAAACGCUCCUUUGUGUCCCACGAAGAGUUAUUGGCUUAUUCCCUCCCCUCCAUAACUGUCAGGCUCCUCUUUCCAUCCUGACACACACUCUGUGAUUUACAGGAAGUGGAAACGGAACAGUACUACAACUUCUUCCUGCCUGAGCUUAAGGAGCAGGGAUACGACGGGUUCUUUAGUCCAAAGUCACGAGCCAGGACUAUGUCGGAGUCGGACCGUAAACACGUGGACGGUUGUGCAAUUUUCUACAAGACAGAAAAGUAUGUAUCUGCAAAAUUUAGUCGCUGUUGUCUCAGAGCCUUUUAAAAGACUUGCAAUUAACAACAACAACAAAAAAAUCUUCUUCUUCUGAGGAAUGUAUGAGCUUGAACUGUGAGGUUUGACUUCUGUUACUUUUUUUUUUAAAUAGUGUCAGCUGCAAAAAGAGGUAUUAAAGAGUAACUUUAUUGGUGAGACACACUGUUGAUUAAAACAGCGGGACCGGUUAUGAAUUCCAGGGACUUUGAAGUCAGUAACUCAAUGUUUGAUAUGAAAAUGAUCAGAUCAGAUCAGUUCCCUUCCCAAAGUAUCAUCUCGUACUGUUUAACUGUCGGGUAAUUAUAGGUUUUCAGCAGGCUGUAGAGCUCGCAGUAGUCCCAGAAGAAAGUUAUGGAUUCAUAUAGGAAAACUUUGGCUUCUGCUGUUGUGAGUGCUGCGUGUGGUAAACUGUAUUCUGUUUUUGUUGAGAAGUGUAUCAGCUCGAUAAGGCUUUAACAGCCAACCAAUGAAAAGAGUUUUUAAAACAGCGAUAAAGUGAAGGUCAACAAGGUUUUCAUUUCAGUCUUUAGAUGGUUCUACCAGUGAUUGUGCCUGUCUUUGUGACACAUUUUGCCUCCGUUAUCUUGAUGUUGACCUUGCUUUCACACUUGAAUGUAGUUAUUUAAGGAUGAAUAAAAAGCAGGAUCAUUCAUAGCUUUUUAAGGUGGAUUUAGAGGGUUUAUUUUCACAGCAGUCUCAAAGUUAGGCUUAUUUACUCCAAUGUACAGCCAAUUACACUAUUAAGCACUAACACUAGGAAAAUCAGAAAAAUUGAAUUUUUAUUAUAGAACGAGACUGUCCCAUUGUUUCAUGCUUUGAUAAGUCUUUAAAUUCUGCUCUUGCUGUUGUUGACCAGUUGUUUUCAAGUCUGUUAAGAAGGGGUGCAACAGGUCAAAAAAUCUCCUGGUUCAGUUCAUUUUUUCAGACUGGCCACGAAAAACAAAUAUCUUACUUUACUGCAACUCGUGUAUGGAGUGUGAAUGGAAUAGUCUUUAACUUGCAGCUAAAAGGAAGAGGGAACCAACCCAGUGCAAAUUAUGAAAACUUGGAAAGAAUUCCAUCCUUCUGUAUUUUAAAUACUUACGUUGUGUUGCGCAAUAAGAAAACGUAUUUUCUCUCGACUGUGCAGGCGUCACGUCACUGCCGUCUAAUGUGUUCUGAAGGUGCCCAUAAUGACGGUCACCAGUCCUGUAGUGAAUCGCCCCACGAUUAACCAUACUCUGUGAAUAGUGGGACAGUGAUAACUGGGCUGUUUCUCAUACUUGCGUUAACUUGAUGCGGGGACGAGUGCGUCGGAAAAACGGGAACAGGGACUCACGUCUUGUUAUUGUACACCGUGGUGGUAAGUUUUCCCUCCGUCCACAGAUCACACAGUCAAUGAUCUGUGAUCAUUCAGAAGAGGAGUAUUCCCACAUAUGUUGAAAAACCUAGAUAGAGCCAUCCAUGCUCUUCUGGCUCCAAUUUCCUCUAGCAAUGUCCCCUGGGUCAGUGUAGGUUGCUGCUGAAAACCAAGAGUUUGAAAAUGUACAAAAUCUGGAGGUGCAGCUUCAGAAAAAGCGCUCACUGGACCUGUGUUGUUGUUGUCGUCGUUGUUCACUUUUCCGCUGGAGGCUUACAGCUUCAGGCUUCAAAAUCAGCCGUAAUAAGCGUAACAGAGCUGUUGCAAAGUUGUUGAAAUAGGGACAUAGUUUUUGCUGUGCACAGUUAAGGAGACAUUUUGAGUGUUAAGGCAUUAAUGUUUUAUUCAGUUACAAUUUGGCAUUGUACCACUGUCAGACUCUUGAUGAACCACAUAUUCAAACCUCCUCAAAUGAGAGUAAAAGUUCAUUGAGUUACAUAAAUUAUUCGAGAGGGGAGAGAAAGGCCUAGCACUUCUCUUACACAUUGGUAUUUGUAAUUUCCCUCUAGUAGAGGGUUAAGUGGUUUUAUUAGUGCAUGCACUGUUUAUCGAAGGUUGAAGUUUUUAUUUGAGAAAUGAUGAACAGAAUAUUUAAAACACACAAGUAUGCCCAGCUGAAAGAGGCUCAAGUUUUAUCUGAAGAGCAGCAGAGAUGAAUGGCAUUUGUGUUUUGCCAAGACAGGGGAGUUAUAGAGUUGCAGUGGACAAUAAAACGGUUAAAUCCAUCCACUGGCAACAACAUUAAAUGAGUAAAAUUUAUAACUUAAUAUCUAAUCUCUUAAUAUCUUCUUGCACUUUUACUGUGCAGUAAUGUCGUAUUUGUAAAUCGAUGGUCAUUAAUUUGUCAAAGUAUAAACAAUCAGUACUUGCUUUCCUGCUGUAGCAUAUAAAUCCUUUUUGUACAGUGUUUUGUUUGAGUCAGAUAAUACGAUUGACUAAAUCACCCAACUGUGACCCAUUCUGUCUGUGAAAUUAUGAGAGGAGAGGAAAAUAAUGACGUGCCAAGUAAUUUGAGCUUUUAUGGGAUGCAGCUACAAUCCUUUUGACAGCAAGAACAGAACCACCUGGAGUUUGGUUUGAAUGUUUCCAAUGACCGGCCCUCAAAUUUCUUUCAUGACCCUGGUGUUAUGAGCAUCACACCGGGGAGGACAGAUGUGAUUUUAUUAAUUUACCAGGGCUGUACAGUGUGACAUAUAUGUCACGAAUGCUACAAGAAAGUCGUCCUGUACUAUGAUUUAUUUAUUUAAUGUUUGUCUCAUGGCACCGGUGCGAUAGGAGUAGUCGCUGUGUACAUUAGUGUAUGUAUAUGCGUGUGCCUUACUCACUCAAAUGUAGUAUGGUAGUUGCUUGUUAUUUUGUUUUUUGCCUGGCUGAAGACUACACACCGCACACCAAUUCCCAUAACUCCUUCACUGUUCUGUAACUUCUAGCAAGUCAGAAGCGCAAAUCGUGAGAUGAGACCUGAGAAAAACAAGAGAGGGAUUAUUCGUUUUUCAACUUCAGUUGUCACGGAUAUCCUCGGUUAUUUUGCAGUUGCAAUGUUUGCAACAUUUACAUUACAUUUUCUGGUACUUAAAUUGUGGAUAUUGGAUAUAGUGGUACUUUUCUUUUCCCUUUUUCCUUUUCCUAAAAUUUUUCUUAAUUAUUACAUUUAUUUAAGUUUAUAACAGUCUUUAUUUUUAUAACUGCAUUUUUGCACUCUUUGUCUGUGAUGCUGCUGUGACGAAAAAAAUUUCCCCGAUGGGAUAUCAAUAAAGGAAUAUUCUAUUCUAUUCUAUUAACAUUUAUGUACUGCAUGUACGUGUCUUUUGCCGGUCACACAACCUAUUUCUUUACAUAGAUAUGUCAUAUAUUGUGCUAUAAGUUUUUGUCGUAUGCUACAAGGUUGUCACCCUCUGUCGCACCAGCGCUAUGGACAAACGAAGUUAACAUACAGCCGUGUUUACUUUCAUUGCACACUGGGGUUGAGCUCUGUUUAUGUUCCUUUGUUUCUAUCUCAAGGUUCAGCGCUGUGCAGAAGCACACAGUGGAGUUCAACCAGCUGGCCAUGGCUAACUCCGAGGGCUCAGAGGCUAUGCUGAACAGGGUGAUGACAAAGGACAACAUCGGGGUAGCUGUGCUGCUUGAGGUCCGCAAAGAGAUGAUGGAGGUCUCCUGUGAGUACACAGCCUUCUCUGAUCUUGAACAUCCCUCAUACUAGAGUUCUACUAAUGAGAUUUUUUUAAGCCUUUUGGUUUUUCCUGCUGAUAUUAAACAGACAAAUGUUUAAAAAUUCACUUUGAAGGCAAAGUUUCAAAAAAGAGGAUAGCGAUUGGCGUUAUUGGUGGUGCAAGAGUCACUUUUCUUUAGUUAGGGGCGUGCGAUCUGACAAUGCACAGAAAUAGUACAACCGUCUGGAGUGCAUAUUGUAUCCCUAACAAGUAAAUUUUUUUGCGCAUAUUUUAAUUUACCUACAGAAUUAAUGUUUUACACGUUGAUAAAAGUAACUGCAGUAGCGAAAAAAUCUGCCGAAAAAACAAGAUACAGAAUCCACUUCCUCUUUGCUCCACUCUGCUGCGUGUGUAUCUUCUCAGGCUGACUCACACACACACGCCCCUCCCCCUCAGUCCUCAGUAAACGUCCAAUCACUGUUUAGUAUGCAAAUGAGCCAGCAGGUAGCCAAACUAUGGUGUCAGGUUUCAGCACAGAGGGUAAGAUUUAAAAGAAGCAGCAGAGCUUUGCCAGAAUUUGUCUUUGUGACUCGUGAGAUAGUUAAUAAUAGAAAAAACAACAACAAAAACAAGUAAUGUUAACUAUAACAGUGGAGUGGAGAGAAAAAAAAGAGGAGUGAGAGAAAUGAGAGGAGAUUUUUGAGCUGUUUAGUUGAGACCAAAAACAAAAGAACCUGCCAAAAAAAAAAGAAAAUGAAAUGCUCUUUAUCUGGUGUGUAUUUAAAUGUAGUUUUAAGUGAUUUUUAAUAUUUAUAAGACUAUAAGACCAUUUUUGUAAAUAUAAACUUUUAUGUGUGAAGUCUUAUUUUAGGUUCAAAUUUAUUUGAGAAUGAGACCAUCCAGUUAAGAUCAAUUUUAUGCUGUUUGUUGUUAAAAUCUGGAUAUUUUAUUUUAUUUAUUAUUUCUAUUCCCAGGCCUCCCCCCUGGAAAAUAGAUAAAAUGGUGAUUUGUUAUUUUGCAAAAAAAAAGCGUUAUAUGAAAUUUUUUUCCAUAUCACCCACCCCUACAUAUAGUUCCUCCAGAUUCUCCUCAAAUAUAGUGAGUUAUAUGGGAGUCUCAACACAUCCAAGCUUAAAAUUUGCCCCAACAAGUAUCCUUUUGUAUGUUCCUGAUGAACUUUACCAGCUUUAUUCAAAUUAAGUGGGGUUGGCCAUGAUAGCUUUCAUGUUUGUUAGCAGUUCUGUGUGUCUAUUUACUGAACGAUAUGAGCUUACGGCACAGUAAACAUCAUUGUGCUGAUGGAAGUAUGAUCUGGUUUGAUGAUCCUUUUUUUCGUGUCUUGGGUGUUCGUAAUGUGAUUGUGAUACUAUUGAGACCCAAACAGAGACUGCUAAUACUACUAUACGAAUUUGAAAUGCUCUUUAUCUGGUGUGUUUUAAUUUAGUUUUGAGUGAUUUUUAAUAUUUCUAUGACUAUAAGACCAUUUUGGUAAAUGUUAACUUUUAUGUGUGAAGUCUUAUUUUAGGUUUAAAUUAAUUUGAGAAUGAAACCAUCCAGUUAAGAUCAAUUUUGUGCUGCACAGAGAAAGAAGGACUUAAGCACAAACCAGUCUUACAAUAACUACAUGUCAACAUCGCAAGCAGGGGAAGAAAAAAAUAUGUUCCAUGUAAUUAAGUUUGCUGUAGGAGGCGGGGUUAAUGGCCUAUACUGCAACCAAUCACAAGGGGGUGCUGUUCUCACUGAGCCUUCACCCUGCACCCAUUCUGUGUAGAGUCUACAGACCCAUAACUGUUGACAGUUUCGAAAAUUGGCAUGAAUUAACUGUAAAAAAAAUGCCACUCAAAGUAAUCAGCUGGAGUCUCUCCCUCAAACUCUCACUUGCUCUCUUACUUCCUGUCCCGGCCACCCGCUGGUCAAAAUCCAGAUUCUGUUAAAACAAGAGUAGAUAAUUUCUGGCCUGGACUUCCAUUCUCCAAGUUUUACCAAUCAAUUGUGAUACUAUUGAGACCCAAACGUAGACAACAUGGCUCUGCCUCCAAUUACUAUACAAAUUUGAAGCCAAAUUGUUCUUGGUAUUUCUGGGAUUUGCUGCAUUACCAGAGUUGCUGUGAUGACGCUCUGCUCAAACAGCAUGUCACCCUGAUGAUCUACGCAGUUCUUGUAUGUGCAUAGGCUGUAUCAAGUGUCAAUCAUAGAAAGCAUGACCCCAAAUAACUGUUUAAAAAUGGAGCUGCACAGAGAAAAAUGGACUUAAGCACAAACCAGUAUUUUCCUACUUUUUCAUCUAAUGGAAAUCACAUCCCUGGUUCUUACAGCAGUGUAUAGUGCCUUUCUGUAUCUCUUGAUAUCCUUAGCUCUUUCUAUCUGGUAACUGUUCCUGCAUUCUUUCAGCUGGAAAGUCUCUCCAUGGCAUGGAGAAGCAGCUGCUCUUGGUAGCCAACGCCCACAUGCACUGGGACCCAGAGUACUCUGACGUCAAGCUGGUGCAGACCAUGAUGUUCCUGUCAGAGGUGAAGAACAUCGUGGACAAGGCCACACGCAGCCUCAAGUUAUCCUCCGUCUCUGGUGAGACCAACGCCAUUCCACUGGUGCUGUGCGCUGACCUCAACUCCUUGCCCGACUCUGGUAAGAGUGAAGGAAAAUCUGACAUAUUGACUGAAGCUUUAACAGAAAACAAAAAGUUCAGGUGAUACAUAAAUAACAAAGAAUACAAAAUUAGAAAUAUGCUUAACCAUGUAAUGGAAGGCUGUAUUUACUGAGGGCUUAAUUCCAAAAGUGUCUUUAAGCGAUCACACAAUUAUUCUUAUCCAAACUUUGACUUGCUGUCCGGGAUUAGGAUCCAUCAGUGGCUGUUUCUAGACUCUUUUGCUGAAAAAGAAGCUGCAUUGCUCAGGAGUGUGAUAAAUCCGUUGAGCUGAUUAUCCCAAGCAGUGGAGAAUUUUGCUCUCUAUUGUGGACAUGCACAAGUACAGGUCUAUCCAAAUGAAACAGGCACUGGAUCCUGAUAUUCAGUGUGUGAUCAUCAGAUGAUAUUAAUCAUUGUUUACUUCUUCAAACACCAGGUGGUGGUGUGUAAUGUGAGCUUGUGCAUUUGAACUGUUGACAAAGUGCUGAACUUUCACUCAGCACACUCAACAUAUGGAAUAUAUUCUGUAAAGCUCCUGUAGUUUAUAAAGAGCAUCCACACACUGAUGAACCAGUGUUUUUCCUGACCUCUGGUGACAACCUCAGGUAACAUGACAAAGAGACCACUCCUGCAUGUAUGGUGAGUCAGACUAAGAAUCAGGUCCAGGUUGCUUUAUUAGGGAGAUUUGUUUUGCAAACAAACAUAGCAUAAAACCACACAAAGCAACCAGAAUAAACAACUACUAAAACACAAUCAAACAUGAUAACACUGACUGAGUUUUCUUGUACUUGUGCUCCCUGUACCAGCUCACAGAAACACUCUGAGACAGAAGCCUCACACACACACAGCAAUUCCAGACAGCACCAGAACAGAGUUCUGCCAUUGCGUCCAUGUACUUACACAUUGUGCUCUUAAAUGGCGUAAUAAUGGUUCCCUGGUGUGUGAUUUCAGCUCUAGAGGCAUGGUUUGUCAACACACAGCUGAGGCGUCACACAGACAAUUUAAGGACACUCUCUGUGUCGUAUGAUUUCACCAUUGCCCUCCUCCCUACUUGCCUUCUGGCCUGCACUCACACUGCUCCAGAUGCUAUCAGCCUGAGUAUGAUUACCUAUGUCACAGACAGAGAUAUGUCUCCUUCGCCAUGUGAUGCCCUUCAUCUACAAGAAGCCUUGUACAGAGAACACGACUGCAACUUCACUGACUUUAAAGCAAAGUUCAGGGUGAACAGUUUUUUCUACCAGACAUUGUUCAUAUUUCAGGAUUCUGGCUGUAAAGAACAACUAUUGGACAUGCGGUCUAAAUUUGAUCUAACAAAUUACAGUUUAAUUUUUUAAUGAGUUAAUCCAUUAAUUUAAUCUGGUUAUUUUUUUAUUACAAUGAUGCACUGAGAGACGGUGUAUCCUGCUGCACUGAGAGGGAGAGGAGAGAGGGGGGCAGCACCCUCAUCAUGUACCAGUGAUUAGGUUUUUUUAGUUUUCUAAUUAUCUUUCUCUGGUUUUUAACUUCUUGGUUUAUGACCCGUAUGUCACCUUAUUGUAAAAUAUCCCAUAAGAGGCAGAGAACAGGUAUUAGUUCUCAGUGUGUCUUUAUCGUCUGCAUCCAUCUACAAAGCUGUUCCAGUUUUUCUCUAAACUUCAUCCUGAUCAGCAUGUAGAAGACUCUACAACAUGUUCAUAUGAAUCAGUGCAGGAAGACAUGAUCACUCUACCUACCCCCUCUGUCAAUAUAAUAUCUCAUGUUUUAGCUUAAGCAAAAAAAGAAGUUAGAUGUUUCACUGCACCUUGCAUACAUGAACAACCAUACUUUUCCAUGCCAAAAUCCGCCUCUUCCAGCUGCGCCAGCACCAAGAAAACAUACCAUGCUUGGGGACGGUACAGUGCACUCACACUGGCCCAAAAAACUGGCAUGUUGGACUUCUAAUGACCCCCUAAAGUCCGGAGUUCAGAGUGUGUUCUUAGACAUGUACAUGGAGCCCUGCAGGCUCAAACACCACAUCACCUCUGCCACUACCCCUGUCCAUAUAAAACACUUUCCAACUUACAGUCAUACAUAAUCUAGUGCAGCAUUACACCACAAAACAUGCAUCUAAAUUAUGAAUCAGUCAGUAAAAGACUGGAUGUGGACUUGCCUUUCUGUGUGCAUGACCUUCCCACCAGUCUCUUUGUUGAAGAGCAGUUAAACAUCAAUUUCACUUUAAGUGUUGCACUUUACCUGCUUUAACUUGCCAGCAUCUUUCAUUUUAGCCCUCAAGAUGGCAAAAUGAUGGCAGAACAUUACAUGGCCUGCAGUGUAGGGCAGAUUGAUAACCUUUUGUCUUUUUGUUACAGCUUAUAACGAUGAUAACCUUCAAUGCAGAAAAUAUCACAGACGGGGCUCAGUGUGUUUAAGAUCCUCUUGACUUUCUCUGAUUCUGAUGAAGUUGGCUUCUUGUCUCCCUCUGUCUCUGUCCAGGCGUGGUGGAGUACCUCAGUUCUGGCGGAGUGGACUGCACCCACAAGGACUUCAAGGAGCUCCGUUAUAGCGACUGUCUGACCAAAUUCAACUGCAACGGCAAGAACAGCACGUCCAAUGGCAGGAUCACCCACGGCUUCAAGCUGAAGAGCGCCUACGAGAACGGCCUGAUGCCUUACACCAACUACACCUUUGACUUCAAGGUGAUUGUACUGACCAAUCUAGUAAACAAUGCUUCUUGAUAGUUGAUUAAACUAUUCUUAUUCGCCGGGUCCUCUAGUACACAAAAAAAAUGCUGAAAGUGCCACGACUGUGCUCAGGAGCUUGAUAAAAUGCCGUUCUUGACUCAAAAGUUCCUCUUAAGUUGAAACCCCUUUUCAUCUCUCUUUCAGGGUGUCAUCGACUACAUUUUCUACUCGAAGCCUCACCUGAACGUGCUGGGUAUCUUGGGCCCCCUGGACCCCCACUGGCUUGUAGAGAACAAUGUCAGCGGCUGCCCACAUCCCCACAUCCCCUCAGACCACUUCUCCCUCUUCGCCCAGCUGGAGCUGCUCCUGCCCAACUUGCCCCCCCAGGUCAACGGGCUCCAUCUGCCUGCACGCAGGUAGUGAGUCCCUGCCGCACCACCAGGGGGAGUUGCCACCACAGCCUCUCCCUUUUUUUUCAGCCCCUCUCCUCCUCCUCCUCCCUCCCACUACCAGCUCUUCCCUCCACCCCACCGGAGGAGGAAGACAAAAAAUAAACACAACCUGUAAAAUAUUCGUACAGUGAGGUCUGGCCGACAGGGAUUUCGUAAAAUGUUAUAGAUAUUCUAUAUUUUUCUUUUUUUCUUUUUCUGUUUUUCUUUUUUUUGGUUCUUUUUUUAACUGCUCAAUUCAGUCCCGUUUGUGUAUCAUAUUUUGUGUUUUGGACCCCCUCUCUCCUCCUCAAAUCCACCCACCCACCCACUUUGCUUCUGUCAAACUAGAGGGGAUGGUAGCUCAUUCAGAUUUAUCACAUGGGGCACUGUUUGGUUUUUAAGAGCAACCGGAAACCCUAAAAGCGGCUGAGGGGAUAAUGUUGACCAGAAAAGCUGAUGGUCUGCCUGUCUGUCUGUCCUGUACAAAUCUGAAACCAGCAAAGACAGCAGACUUGUCAGUCUCAGACCUCCAUCAUUGGCUCAUGCUUGUUUUCCCCAGUACUCUGGGAAGUUGGUGUACUUUCUCAGUCUUUCUAGGAUACAAACAUUUGUUGUCGUUGUUGUUGGGUUAGAGCAGCUUUAGCUGGUAGUUAAACAUCCCCGGAGGUGGAUGUAGAGCAGCUUGUACGAGGUGAGAUAUCCUGCUGUCAUUCUGUGGUGCUGAGGCCUUUUGUGUGGUCACGGCCUCCCCGUGGUGCUACAAGAUAGUCUUCACCUCUGACCCCGGCCCCGCUGCAUCAGCUACCAAACCCGCAGAUGCCUCAAAAACCAGACAUGCGGGAACAACGCCACCCUUGUUAAGCAAAGUGUAAAUUUGUCAAGGAAGGAUAUGUGAGAAACUGAGGGCAGCUACCAUCCUGUUCGCAGACUGUUUCACCCAAGCUUGUAUAGUUGUUAGGCUAGGCUUGUACUUAGGGGCUCACCAUUUUUGUUUUGGUUGAGGGUCAGGGGAAUAAGGCUGAUGGGCAAAGCGUUGAGGGGCUUUCAUAAAAUCUUUUCUUUGUCUUGAUUGCUUUGUAGGCAGCGAGAGUGAGUAAUGGCUGAUACACAGGAGUAAAAACCAGCAUUCCUCUCACUGUCUGGGGUUGUCAACCAACUCCACACAUGCAAGCUUACACACAGACACACACAGACACAUAACACAGGUAAUUUUUGCAGGCAGAUCUGUAGCACUGUCUCCGAGGCCAGUAGUGACUUUCCCCAGCCAUAAAAUCCAUACACGAAAAGCAGUGGUUUUUUCACAAGUGUUUGUACAGAAUAGAAAUCUAGACUCAGUCUUUUCAUGAUUGUAUAUGAACCACAAAAGACCUGUUUUCUGGCGUUUUUUGUACUAAGAGUAAAUUAUGAUCAGAUUUGAAAAAAAAAAGAUUGUAUUGUAAACUAUGGCUAAAUUUUUAUCCAGUUAAUGUUAAGAUGAAUUGAUAUUACCAGCUUGUACAAAAGACGUAAGAAGAGGUUGUUCAAGGCGUUCGCUGUCACUACUUUGCACUCCCUGAAGAUUAACUGUAAUUAAUGUAUCAGUAUUGUUUUGUCCUCUUCUCCCCCUCACUCUCUGUCUCUCUCUGCUGUUGGUUUUGAUUUGCCGGCACAUUGCUGCGAUUGUAAAUAGACACUUGAGUAAACUUCUGCCCGUUGCUUCUCACCCAUUAACAAAAGCCAUCGAUCCACACUGCUGCCAUCAGUCCUGACAAAAAAAAAACAAGGACCCUCCAGUGACUCCACAUCUGUUCAUGUAUAGACCUCACACUCACUCCUGUCAUAGUGACGUGUGACUGACACAGUCCCACCUGUACAACAAAACAUCGUGCCUCACUGUAGCAGUUGUUGUCUUGCACUAUUUACAUUUGUCGAACGCCUGAACAACCUUUUCUCCUUUUAUUUUUAAAUACUGUUGAGACAUUUGUGAAGAUUUUAUGUCCUUUUAUUGGUUUUUGUUAAUGUUGAUUUCCUUUUUUAUGAGCUGUGACAAUGUUAUGACGAUGUGUAUAGCCUUCCUAUUCAUCAAGCUCUCUAGUAACCAGGUAUGCUUUCUCCACCCAUCCUCUCUCUUCUCCCUUAAAGGAACAUGAGCAGGAUGUCUUAUCUUGAUCAAAUCCACUCUUCCCAGAUUGUUUCGCUUCCUCUUUGUACCUCAGAACAGCUCCGUGCCCACAACCCCUUAAGAUACGCAGCCCUUAGCUCUUUCCCUGGCCAUGAAUUUUAAAUCUCCUUAAGCCUGUUCGUCACCUUGUACCCUCCACCCUUAGACUUGUCGACUCCCUAUACUACUCAAGCUGUGUCCUUUUAAACCCCUUUUCUCAACCACUUUGUAUAGUUCUCAUUCCCUACGUCACUGCAGCUAUAGUGCCAUCUGUGGACCCCCUACCUCUGUAUGGGACAAGGUGGAAGGCCCACUUAGCUCUGCUUAUGGAUGAAGGAGGGAGGAGAGGCUGUGAGCUCAGCUUAUUCUCUCUGUAAAGCCAGAAAAACACCCCAAACAAACAAACAAACAAGCAAACAAAAAUCCAUCAUGGUGAGACAAAUGUUUCCACAGCCAUGCUCUUACACAGCUAUGAUGAAUGAUGAGCACUUAGUAGAUUCGGAUGCAGCUCCCCUCACUCCCUGUUCCAUCUUAGUAGCAAAUAAAGAUCUCGUGACUUUGAUGUAUAUGUUGAAAAUGACAUUUUUAAAGCAAGAGGGAAGUAAGUAAAUAGGAAGUGUAAGUUUAGUCCCCAGAUCAGCGUCUCUUGUCCCAUUUAUUUCCCCCCUCCAUGUUUUUUAACCUUUUUUUUUCUUUGUUUUCCAUUGGAAACCAAUGUGUCCAGUUUGAUUUAUUUUCCUGAAUGGCAUUAGUAUUGUAGUAGAUUUAAAGGCUAGCUUUUUUGUAAAGUGUGAAUAAAAGAUGUAUCUCAUGUUUCCUUUCUAAAAAGAUAUUGAAUUGUGUUGUUGAUGUGUAAAUCAUGAAUUCUAUGAUGGUGUUAUGUUUGCUACAUUGUUUUUAUUUUUACUCCAAUAUAUUUCUUUCUCUCAUAUACUCCCAUCACAAACCAAAUCCUGUAGAAAUCGUGUUGAGACAUUGUCUUGGUGGGUUGAUUGGAGGAGUUGAAUGUUUCUGAUGAUGCCUCGUAGAAUGAAGGAUUAAGCGCAUACUGGAGGAAAAGCAACCUGCAUCGUUGAUAUCGGUAAAAUCUUUCAGCACAGGGAUACUCAGUUUAUUUGUUCUUAUUUUUGGACUUUUCAGCUUUAUGUUGGAUGUUGCAUGGCACUAGCUGGAGAGUGCUGGUGCCUGUAGGUUAGGGCAGCAGAGCUGUCUUACUAGUGGCUCAGUUCAGUACUAGAGAAAACUGUUCUGACUGGUGUAAAAACGUGUUUGUAAGACUAAGCUAACAACCUGCCGCUGUUCGCUAGACUGGUCCUGUGAUGAUUUUGAGUACUACUAGUCCAUCUCACUCUGUUCUUGUGCAUCACAGUGGUUAAAUCUGUUACAAUAGCUAGCUACUUUUGAUAGUCACUGAUUUGUCUCUUAUUCUCUUCAGUUGCACCCCCGCCUUCCAUCCCUUUCCUUCUCAUUCUUCUAUCCUGUAAUACCACAGACUAUGGCUUCUGACUGAAAAUCUGGCAAAUCACACAGCUGAGUUGACUCCUUGUAAGCUUCGGCGGGUGAUCACACUGUUGGCUUUGUACUUUUCCACUGCUGCAUUGUGUUUCAUAUUUGGCUUGUUAGGCGUAGAGCGAUUUCCCAGGCUGCAUCUCUGUAACGGUGCACACCAAAGCUGCUUGUAGUUGAAUUCUCCGUUGUAGAGCAACUUCUUUCCACCAACCAGUCUCAUUUUUUUAUAUUAUUCUACAAAUCAUAGUAUUCAUGAAAUGUUAGGGCUGUAAGGAAAGCAAGGUACUUUUGUCCUUUUCCUUGAAUCACAUGAACACGUUAGAUCCAUACCCAUCCUCUUCUUGGUUUCAGUUUGAAUGCAUCCUUUUUCCCAAAAAACUUGGCAAUAAUACCCAGUAACAUCUAGACACAUAUUCAGUAUGGGUUUUUUAAAUAUUACAUCUGACAAAUGUAGCUAUUUCAUCUAUAAAUCUGUGGUCGUGUUUUCUGUUUUCCUUUCUUUUUUUGCUUUCCAACUCUCAAUCUUCAGCCCAGUCCUUUAAACAGCCCCGCCCCCCUCUCUCUUUUGUCACCCAUCUUGUAUAUUUGCUCAUGCUCCCCCUCUCUUCCUCCCCGCCGAUCUAGUUGUAGCUGUUCAAUGAUCAGGAUUGUCUAUCUGUAGUCAGCUGAGUACAUAUAUUGAUCUGUGUCACUGUGUUUAUGCACUGGACCAACUAUUGUUUACCAUUCAUGAAAUACCAGCAAAAAAAGAGAAGAAUAAUGACAAAACACUUGCACAAUGUUGUAGAAUGUCCAUUAACCCAGAUGAGAAAUCAAGGCAGCUGUUUUCAAAUCAACACAUACUGUUUUAAAAAGAAACUGAAUGGUAAACAAUGCUUUUCUGUUGUACCCCUUAGCCGUCCUCUUGAUUCUCUUUGGACUAGUUUUGUUCUUUUUGUUUAUUUUUUUCUUUUUUUUCUGUUUGACUACAGGUUCUGCUUGUUUCCUUUACACCUACCUAUGUAUUUUCCUACUUCUGGUUGAAAAUAAAUUCUAUAUUAUCUGUUUCAA